GUACCUGAGGGGAGCCGGGUGUUCCUGAGGGGCGGGCCUCGGGGCGCGGCCGCGCUAGGUGCGGGCUGGGGCCUGGCGUCCCCUCCCGCGGAGAAGGCUGAGCGCCCGAUUCCAGGCCAGGUUAAUAAUAAAAAUUGGAAGUUUGUGUCUUUUGUUGAAUAUUGGAAAUUGAAUGUAAUGGCAGCAGAAUUUAUAAAGAGUUGCUGUAGGGGAUGUUUCUAUGGUGAAAAAGAAAAGCGCAAGCUAUCUAUGGAAAAAGACCUUAAAGCCUCAGUAUCAGAUACACAAAAUACUACUGUCUUUAUACCUCCACUGACUUCUGUUUCUGUAAAGUCUCAAGUUGGCUGCAGUGAGGAUUAUCUGCUUUCUAAAUUACCAUCUGAUGGGAAAGAAGUACCAUUUAUGGUGCCCAAGUUUAGGUUAUCUUAUAUUCAGCCCAGGACACAAGGAACUCCUUCACAUCUGGAAGAACUUGAAGGAUCUGCCCGGGCAUCUUUUGGAGAUAGAAAAGCAGAACUUUCCAGUCUAUCCCAUCAUGGACCCAGCUAUGAUGUAUAUAACCCAUUCUACAUGUAUCAACACUUUUCACCUGAUUUGAGUCGGAAACGUUUUCCUCCUCAUUCAGAAGCAACAAGACUAUAUGGAUCAGUUUGUGAUUUAAGAACCAGCAAACUACCUGGUUCCCCUGGGCUGAGCAAGUCUAUGUUUGAUCUUACAAGUUCAUCUCAGCGAUUCAUCCAGAGACAUGAUUCAUGGUCCAGUGUACCCAGUAGUUCUUCUUCAAGAAAAAAUUCUCAAGGGAGUAACAGAAGCCUAGAUACAAUUACUCUAUCAGGAGAUGAAAGAGAUUUUGGGAGAUUGAAUGUGAAAUUGUUUUAUAAUUCUUCAGUAGACCAGAUCUGGAUCACAGUUUUACAGUGCAGAGAUUUAAAUUGGCCCUCUAGUUAUGGAGACACUCCAACUAUUUCUGUAAAAGGAAUACUAACAUUACCCAAACCAGUGCAUUUCAAAUCUUCACCCAAGGAAGGUUCCAGUGCUAUUGAAUUUAUGGAAACUUUUGUAUUUGCUAUUAAACUGCAACAUCUACAAACUGUGAGGCUUGUAUUUAAGAUUCAAACCCAGACUCCCAAGAAGAAAACCAUUGGAGAAUGUUCUCUAUCACUCAGAACUCUUAGCACACAGGAAAUGGAUUACUCUUUGGAUAUAAUACCACCUUCAAAAAUAUCUGUUUGCCAUGCAGAACUUGAACUGGGGACUUGUUUUCAAGCAGUAAAUAGCAGGAUUCAGCUGCAAAUUCUUGAGGCACAGUAUCUUCCAAGCUCAACACCUCUGACUUUGAGUUUUUUUGUGAAAGUGGGAAUGUUUAGCUCAGGAGAAUUGAUUUAUAAGAAGAAGACACGUUUACUGAAGGCCACCAAUGGAAGAGUAAAAUGGGGCGAGACUAUGAUUUUUCCACUUAUACAGAGUGAAAAAGACAUUGUUUUUCUCUUUAAGCUUUAUAGUCGAAGCUCUGUCAGAAGAAAACACUUUGUGGGCCAGGUUUGGAUAAGUGAAGACAGUAACAGCAUUGAAGCAGUGAACCAAUGGAAAGAGACAAUUGCAAAUCCAGAAAAGGUUGUUACCAAGUGGCACAAAUUAAAUCCAUCUUGACUUUACACAUCAGUUUGGUGAAGAAACAACUUGAUAGUCUAUUAGAAGACAUACAAUUUCAAUUUGCUAAAAAGUGUAAUGAAUUUUCAGAUAUCCAAAGUGAAGGGAAUCCUUUAAAAUAGUGUCCAAAUAUAAUAAAAUAAAAGCAUAGUACUAAAAAGUCUAUGAGAAUAUUAACUGUAGAUAGGUAUUUCUAAGCAAUGUUUUUGGGUUUUUUUAAAGCUUUAUCUGGAUAUCCAAAACCUAGUAUAUCAAGUUCCUGUUAGCACUUUUAGACAUUUAGAAGACUUUCCCACUAUUCUAGUACUAGAAAUUAUAGAUUAGAUCUUGUUUCCAAUGUUCAUCUCUUCCUAUAUAUUUUGUCUUGGCAAAAAUGAAUUGAACCAUUUCAACUACAGUAUUUUCUGUAUUUAGGAAAUGUUUUUGCUCUGUGUUUAUAAUUUCUUACCUAUAUGGCAUUAUAUUACCACUUUGUAAAUGACUUAUCACCAAGAAACUUCAGAAAUAGAAAACUACACUUAGGAAAGAAUAAAUGAAAACACCAGAAGGCUAAGGUUUAAUUGGAGACCCAGAAUGUAUGUAUUUUACUAUUUUCCUCCUUCAGAUAUUUUACUCUUUGUUUCAUUUGGAGCUGAAAUAAAAAGAUCAUCCAUAUGCUUCAUCCUAA